GAAGGAAUGAAAUGUGACACCCUCCUCUCAGAGUGCAGUUGAGUUGUAUUUUACCGUUGUGUUGACUUCCUUCAUCUUCAUACUCACGGGAGUUAAGGGGGACACCAUGUUCAGGAUUCCUCUUCUGAUCAGCGUUUCAUUAAUCCUUCAUGGCAUCACAGCCACACCUUACUCUAGGGACAAAGCAGGAGACAGCCAAUACCAAGAAACCAUCAAGGCUGAGGAAUUCAAUGGAAAGAUGGCUUUGGGAAUGAAGGAGGUGGAGCCCCCAGAGGACAUGGCGACAACCGAUGACGACAUCGACCCUGACAUGGUGAUCUGGAAAGCCAUGCGAGCAUCAAGGGGGCAGAAAUACGCAGUGGCAGAAGAGGACAGGGACGAGCUCUACCACCCCUCCAUGGUGCACAUGGCCGAGGCCCACGAGCAGCUGGCCCCUGAGCCCGAUGAGGAGGAGGGCGUCCUCGGAAACUCCCCGAUGGCACGGCUGUACCAGCGAGCUGAGCCCGACAUGGACGACGUGUUCCACGGGUUCCCCGGGGCCGGUGGCCUGGAAGACCCGCCCCAUGUGCAGGAGCCAGAGGAGGACAAGGACGACCUGUACCACGGGUAUAUGCCUGAACACAACCUCCAGCAGCAGCCCCAGCCAAAACAGGAGCAAUCUGUUCACAGGGUAUACACCCAGCCUGAGGAGGACAGAGAUCACCUGUACCACAACUAGCCAACAACAGCACAUU